CACCCUCUGACAGGGAGAACUCUCCGUGGUGCUGACAGCAGAACAACACAUUCCGGCUCAAGCUUCCUCUCAGCCGCAAAGGGUGAAGGCAAGCGAGACACAAGAAACAAAAACACAACACGAAUGGCUGCAGAGAAAGCCUCGUGUUUUAGGAGUAUUAGUUCAAAGGCACUCGGCAAGAGAAAGAGCAAUGAAAGAAAGGGAUGGACAGAAAGCAAGAGAGCGCGGCUGACGUAUUAGCGUAAGGUGGCUACAGUAGGGAGUGGGCGUGUUCUUCUUGUUUUGAUGUAUAGUUGGGAAGCCCAGUGUCAUCUGCUUAAGCGCCGAGCAACUGUGCUGAACAGGACAGAGAAAGCCGGCACGGAAUGCCAUAUCUUUGGUCUACCUCAACCAAGAGGAUGGUGCGGAUGAGGAAAUCUUUUUUUUUUUUUCCGCUAUCAUUGUGACACUUUGAUCCAAUGAAAAAGAGAAAUACACACUCCAGGAAAGAAGAAUUUGAAACAUUUUACCAGCCUGCUUGGCUCUGCGGCUGAUAGAGGACUUUGAUGUGAGAUGAUGUGAUGUGCAUUUUUGUAAUGCAUGCAGUGGCAGAUGUGUCAUGUGUCCUUAGGAUGUGCAGAUGUGUGCAAAAGUGAAGCUUGCAGCUGGCUCGGAGUUUGGCAGCAUCUGGAUUGGAGGUGUCCGAUCAUCGGCCCAGGAGAAGGGAGCAUUGGGCAGGGCACCCGAUGGCUCGGCUCCCUUCUAGUCCCAUCUUCUUCCUGGGUCACUGGGACUCCUUCUAGUGGGACACAAUCUGUUGGAAAAUACAAUGGAUGGAGGUCUAUGUGGAUUUAAGUGGGAGAGUGAAUGGGUCCUCCAGCAAAGCUCAGAGUUCAAUAUUGCACCCUGGACUCAGGUAAAGACAGAAGACACUUUGAUCUACACAACAGUAAAGACAAAGCCCUUUUAACUGGUGAGGAUAUAGCAACAGAAGGCAAACACUUGCGUAUGGGCUCAAUAACCAUGCCUGAUCCCCAGGAGCGUAUGCCCUUGCCCCACCUGCACACCAUAGCCUGCGGGCAGGGCUUUUCUGUCCGCUCCCAGUCCCUUCAUUCGGUCGGGGGUGGAGGUAACAGCGGAGGAGGAGGGGAUGAGGAAGUAGGGAGUCCGACCUCUAGGAAGCAGCCACCACCUAAGCCUAGGAGAGACCCGGCCACCAAGCUAAGCAUGUCGUCUGAGGCGGUGGACCACAGUGCCAUGUCCACCUGCCACGGGGAGAGAUGUGACGCACAAGGAUGCAAUGAGGACUGUCGGAGGGUGCCACCUCCCAAACCCAAAAGGAACCCGAACACACAACUGAGUGUUUCCUUUGAUGAAUCCUACAUUAGGAGCCAUGGGAGCGGUGGUGUGUGCCCGUCCAAGCCCCUCCACCACACCACAUCCCCCUGUGAACGUAACCCCUCACCUCCACAGAGCGAUGAGAGUCCCACUGACGACUGCGAGGAUGAGCCUGUCUAUAUAGAAAUGGGUGGGAUUGACAUAGGACCGCGGGAACCGUUGAGGAGUGAGGAUGAGGAGCCAGGAGAGUCUGUGUAUGAGGAAAUGAAGUACCCAGCCCUGGAUGAUAUGGAGUACCGCACCGAUCCUGUUGGAUGUCGUUCUGCCUGCCCCACCCCGGCACCCUAUGACCCAGAGCCGCUUAGUCGCUGUUCCACCCCUCGGAACAUUCCCUUAUGUGACAUUCCUGCACCCUUUCCUAAUUUACUCACUCACCGGCCUCCGCUGCUGGUGUUUCCACCAGCACCGGCCCAGUGCUCGCCAAACUCAGAUGAGUCCCCCCUCACACCUUUAGAUGUAACCAAAUUACCAAUGCUGGAGAACCAGCCCUACAGCAAAUCCCCCACCUCUUCGAAUGAGCCUCCCCCCUCUGCACACAUCCGCAGGGAGCUCACUGCUACCCCGACACUCACAGUCUCUGGCCGCUCCUCUGCACCUCCGCUCCCCUGUACUCUCUAUAAAUCCUCGUCAUCCUCAUCCUAUCAGCGUAGCCACUCUGCCUGCCCGUCACCAGUCAGCAUGGGCCGCUGUCUCACCCCUCUGAGCCUAAUGCGCACACCUCCAUUUGAUGCUCCAAUGCCAUUUCCCGGGGGUCUCCCUCGGAGUGCCUCCGCUACCCCUCAUGGCAAAGGUUCCCCACCUCAAGAAGGCGUCGGACGGCUCCACGGCUCUAUGCAGAAUGUGUCAACAGGUCGUUCGCGGACACCCACCAGUCCACUCGACGAGCUAACGAACCUGUUCACCACAGGCAGGAACAUGUUAAAGAAAAACACCAGUGGAAGAAAAUCUAAAGAACCAGGAGAGAGUGAGUCUAAGGUCAAGUCUCACGGUGAUUCUAAGCGCGAGGGUAAGGAACGCCACAGCAAGGAGUCCAAACGUGAGUCCAAAGAGCGUCACAGCAAGGAGUCUUCUCAUCGAAGAGACAAAGACAGAGACAAAGAAAAAGAUCGGGGCACCAGCAGCAAUACAGAACCUCCGGUCCACAGACGCAACAGUAGGGACCGCACUUCCAGCAGUACAGACGCGCCCAUUGUUUGCAGGGAUAGCAAGGACCAAGCCUCCAGUGGUCUAGAGCCCAUCCCUGGCAGACGGGACUCCAAAGACAGAGGCUGCAGCUCCUUAGACCCCAUACCUUUAAUAAGAAAAGACUCAAAAGACAGAGGUAUCAGCAAUGGCGAACUGAUGCCUAGGAAAGAGAGUAAAGAUCGGAGUGGGGGGCACGGAACAGAGUCCUCACAAAGACAGGACAGCAAAGACCGAGACAAGCUAAUAGAUCAACCACAUGAGCCGUUGUCAAGACAAGACAGCAAGGAAAGGACAAGGAACGGUAUGGAUUACAAGCAUGAAAGCAGAGAGAGACUGCUGGAUCGGCCACCUGAGCUUUUACCUCGGCAGGACAGCAAAGAGCAAGCCAGGAAUGGUUUGGAAUCGAAGCAGCACAGCCGAGACCGGGCAGGUGACCUUCUGCCGCGUCAAGAAAGCAAAGAUAGAACUAGAAAUGGACCUGAAUAUCGGCAUGAUUGCAAAGACGGUCGUCCUGAUUUGUUACUCCAUCAAGAGAGUGUCGACAGAGAAAGAAGUAGCACUGAACAUAAAUACGAAGGAAGAAUAGACCAGCCACCUGAAAUGCCACCACGACAAGAAACAUCCAGGAGCAACAGGGCUGAUCUUAAGUAUGAGGUCAGAGAUCGGAGCUGCCACAACGGAGGGGAUCUUCCUCCCCAUCUUUUACCCAGGCAGGAGAGUAAAGACCUGAGUAGGACCGGCCUUGAAGUGAGGCGGGACAGCAAAGACAGAAGUCUUAAUAGCUCAGAGCAGCAUCAUUAUGACAUCAAGCGCACAAAGAGUCCUCCUUCACUGGAGUACAGGUGUGAUAAAGAACGUGGGCACAAGUCCGAUGGCACACCACGGCGUGAUAACAGAACAAAUUACAACAUGGACUCAUCAAAAGCACAAGAGAGAAACGGCAGCACAAUUUCAGGGCAGCAUUCAUCCACUAACACACCCACUCACCAUGGGAGAUCAUCCGGUAGCCCGCCUUUCACUGCAGGAACUGGAAACGAUUUGAAAACAGCACCUAAGUAUAGCCGCUCCCCUUCUGUGCCCAAUAAUCCUUCCCCAAUAGGAACGCCACAAAGGAGAGCAGGAGAGACACAUCAAAGUCAGGUGCCCCAGAUGCCAUGGAUAUGUGGAGACACCACUAUGCUAGAGCAGAUAGAGAGGAAACGUAACCUGUGUGCAGAGAUCCUCUCAAGGCAGCAUCCUCACUUGCAGAGAUAUCUGGAAAGGCCUCCACCUCCGGACAAGAAUGAGGACAGGUACCACGAGCGAAGUCAGUGCAAGCUGGAAAGCUCAUCAGUCCUCGCUGGCUGUGGGAAAAGCAGUGGAACCAAGAAGAUCCGACCUCCCCCAUACCCAACACAGACAACUGUAUUCUGGGACACAGCCAUUUGACAUUUGAAAGAAGAUUUUCAAACCUCUGCCACAUAACCCCCACAUACUCACUCCUUCUCCCCGCUUGGUGGUACUGGGUCUCCCCUGUAACAAUGCUUCAGGGACCACAAAGAAUACCAGAGGGUCAGGAAACUCGCUGAUGUCAGGACUAUAGUGGUUACCAUUGCAAUAUUUCUGCUUGUUCAGGUUGUCACAUUUUCUUAUCAUCGCUGUUGAUAUUUGAUAUUUUUCUAUUUCCUUUUACUGGACUCUUGUAUAUUGAUAAGUAGAGUAGAUAUUCAAUGAUGAAUAGAUAUUUUCCAACUAAGAUGAAGGGGAACAAAAAGCAUCUUGAAAUAUGUAUAGUAGAUUUCAAUGCAAUCUAAUAUUUGUUUCAAUGUUAUUUUUGGUUUAGUUUAUUUUACAUUUAAAAAAAAAAACAUAAUGUAUCAAUACUUGUACUGUAGUAGCAUAAUUUUUUAUGCCCAGCUCUUUCUUUGUGUGUGCGCAAAAGCACUUCAAUUCUGCUCAAACACUCAGUUUUAUCUAUAUUCUUCACGUUUUCACUGUUGUAUUGUAAUCGAGGAGUGAACGUUAACGUGCUUUAGAUGCCGGGGGGCUCUCAAAGCCUUCACAACUAUGUUCCAGAACAGUGGUCUCAAACUCCAGUCCUUGAGAGCUGCUUUCCUGCCACUUUCAGGUGUGCCCAUUGCCCUGCACAUCUGAAUCAAAUGGCUGAACUGCCUCACUAGCAUGCAGUCAGGCUCUACGGAGCUCUGCUAAUGAGCUAGUAUCUGAGUCAGGCGUGUCGAAGCAGAGAGACACCUAAACGUCGCAGGACACCGGCCCCCGAGGGCUGGAGCUUGAGACCAACGCUCUAGAAUGUACAACAGUGGGUCCUAGAACAGAUUCAGUUUCACUUUUGAGAAUUGCGGUUACAAGCUAUGUGCUCACAAACUCAAAGCCUUUCUGAAGUGGCUGAAUCAUUUUAGCUGUUGGUUGACUUACUGUAACAGACAGAGCAAUGUUAUGAUGUAGUCCAAAAAAAAGCUAAGAAGUUGAGUUUGAUAGGUAGUAAAUUAGAAUACACAUUUUUAAUAGUCUAAGACCGACCAAAGCCUAUUGACAUUUUAAAUCUGCAGUGCCGGUUUUAAUAAGGGCCAUGUAGGGAGUUGUCCAGGGCGGUAUCAGAGAAUGGGAUGCAUGAACACCAGAUAAAAAAAACAACUUAUCUGUCAGUUAAGCCAUUCUAUAGUCUCUAGUUUUCUAUUGCUUUUAUGCAGGUUAGUAGCAGUCCUCUGCUUGCUUCAACAAAUAGGGAGACUGGCUCACCUGCUUUCUGUGGGACUGCCUGCAUUUUGUCCCACCUCAGAAUCUCAGAUGACUUCCUGCAAUUCGAUUGGCUGGGGUGCAACAGGAUGAUGAGCUUGUCUAAGGCACCAUUAAUAUGAAAACUGCCUCUGCAAAUCGGUGUGGUUGCACUCAGAUGGUUGGGUAUUUGUUAAGCGGUUAUUGGCAGGAGCUAGUGAGUAAUGUCACUCUUAUAACGCCAUGCACAACAUGACCACCACGACAGUGUAAAUACUCGAUGCCAACAGUUAGCCCGUACAAUCAAGACCUAAGCUUUUAGUGAAUUUCCUAAUUUUACAGCAGAUUAUUAUAGCCAUAUGCACUUGAAGAAAUAACAUUCAAUGUUAUGCUUAUAUAUUUUUGGGGAAAUGUUAAGAGUGAUGCGUUGUGCCAUGUUUGAUUUAAUUUAUUGGCUGUAAAGGAAAUCCUCAGGAGUCUGGCUGUGUUCGAUGUGCAGUCAUCUAUCAGCGGUUGUCUCUGACAAUGUUCCCAAACCAGAAUUGGUUGGCAACUGCUUUAGAAAUGUCAGAUUGUUUAAGGACCUAUCACAUUGCAGUCAAAAAGAAAAAGGGUUUGCCUUUCAAAUUAUUUGGGACUUUUUCUUUUGGAAAACAAACAAUAAAAAAACACAACAACACUACCAAUCAUUUUCUAAGACACUAAUUCAGGCUGGUUACCUGUAUGUCCUUCUCUUCCUGUUCUCAUCCUCUACCUCUAACCCCUUUCUUACAUCUCAAUUGGUAUUCCUUUUGUACAUUAAAAUGCAAUGUUAACAUUA